AUGUGUUUCUUUGUUUUAUUUUUGAAAACCGUGCUAAAUAAAAACGCUGCAGAAAAAAGAAAACGCAGGACGCAAUCGGCAGGAGCAAGAGCCCAACUUCGAUGGAGACAGAUGUCGGGAAAAGUUAUGCGCUCAUUGUCCAUGAAUGUGAACAUGGUAAUCCCUGCAUCAGUUAUUAAUUCUAUAGCUGCUCUAUUCGUUUGAACUAUUAAUAUGCGACAGACUUUACAGUGAAUAAUAUUCUCUCUGGCACAGGAGGAGAAACCCUGAAAGAAGAACUUCUCAGGCUUGAUUUUCUGCUCGGAAGAGUGAACGGCUUGCACGAACGAGGUGACCCGAGGACCAAGUAGCUGCAGGCUUUUUUUAGUUCCCAUUCCGCAUAACCUGGUUCUCCUUUAUUCCAGCCCAGAAACCUCGAGACCAAGUAGCCGACGCAGAAGCACUUCUUACAAUAGCAGACCGUCUAUGCUCUUCCCUCAAAUCUAUCCAGGAGCCUCAGAGCGUUCUUCCGUCGACCUUCAUUUCCUGUUUGCUACAACGACACAAAGGAAGUUGUGGGGAGACGAUCUCAUGGGUCAACAUGGGCCUUGCCGCAUCACAAAUAAUUGGAAAAGCUCCAGGAAUCCAAACUAUGUAAACUAUGAGAACAUGUUUUUUUUAUUUCAGUUUUUCUCUGGUUGACCAGCACGUAUUUAUUCCAGGAUAGGAACGAUGGAAGGCAAGAUGACCCGAAGGAAAACUUUCACCAGGAGCAAACGACCAAGAGCAAGCGUUCUCUGUUGCCCUGAAGAGGUGACUCCACCUAGUCUACAACUUGCCUUCUUGGCAUUCGAGCUUCCCACUUUACAAAAAUCAUAUCUUCUUUUACCUCUUAUGAUGAGCAUUUCAGCAUCGGCUAUUAUCUGAGAAUAUGCUAUUCGUUGGGUCUGCUCGACUUCUUCCACCAGAUUGAAGAUGCCACUUCAAACGAAGAGACGGGCACCCAGAGAAAUGUUUCCAUAAUGUUCGACAUUCUGAGACAGCAGAAGCGCGUCCGGCUGGAGAAGCUGGUUCUCAACAGAGCGUCCUUCUCGGAGACUGUAGAGAAUAUAUUUGCCCUUUCGUUUCUCGUCAAAGAUGGGCGAUCGGAGAUUACGGUUGACGACGGCGGAGCUCAUCUCGUUUGUAAGUUGUACUGAAUAAUUAGGAUAAAAUAUAUUUAUUUACUAAAUUAUUUUGUUCAUUGUUUUACCCUGAAUUCGAAUAUUUUUGGCCGUGGUUUUCAGCCCCCCGUAACGCUCCCUCCGCGGCAGCUGUGGCGAGCAGGGAGAUCAUCCACCGUCAGUUUGUCUUCAGAUUUGACGUCAGCGAUUGGAAGGUGCGUCAAUAUUUUAUUUAUAAACGGCCUCUCGGGUGCCGCCAAUGGGCCGCGAAAAGUCAGAAAGCCCACCGGCGGCCCGGUAUCUUCAGGGCUUUUGCCCACACACUUAUGGGCCGGUAUCUUCAGGGCUUUUGCCCACACACUUCAGGGCUUUUGCCCACACUUAUCCCCCCCCUUAAAAUCCGUAAAUAAAUAGCAAUUUCUACGUAAUUUUCUUUCACCGAACGAAGAUAUCUUACACAAACUCGCCCACCGGCCAAGAUCCACUGAAGUCCGUGUUCUCCUCCUGUGAAGCUAAUGAAGGGCUACGUUGUGGAAGGCGAGGAGCUGAUGCCACGCAGGGGUUUGUCUGAGUUUCUUAGAAGUCUAUUCAUAAUUAAGAAAUUAAUUAUUAUUCAAACACUUGGGUUAAUUAAUAUUUAA